AUGGCGGCGUUGUUGGGUCUGGACGGCCUGUUCCUCGGCUUCGAUAGCUCCACGCAGUCUCUCAAGGCCACUGCAAUCGAUUCCUCCCUUCGCAUUGUUGCCACCGAAUCACUCCAAUAUGACACAACCCUCCCCCACUACCGAACCUCCGGAGGUGUUCACCGAGCCUCCGCCGAGCCUGAUUCCCGAGCCUCCUCGUCAGGCUCGGCGCUUAGAGUUACUGCACCACCAGCCAUGUGGGUAGAGGCUUUUGAUAUGAUCCUAGCGAGGUUGAAAGAAGCAGAUUUCCCGUUUGAUAAAGUCCGGGCAGUUUCCGGCAGCGGGCAGCAGCACGGAAGUAUUUACUGGCGGAGAGGAGCCCGGGCACGGCUUAGAAACCUCCGAUCUGACCAGACCCUUUUUGCUCAGCUAUGCGGGGAUGAGAGAAACAGGAAAAGGGACGGGCUCAGCUCAAAUGAUUCAGCACAGGGUGAUUCGUUUCAAGACAAUGCAUCAUUGCAGCAGAGUGUAUUUUCGAUUUUAGAUUCCCCUAUUUGGAUGGACAGCAGCACAGCAGUACAGUGUAGGGAAAUCGAAGCAGCUCUUGGCGGACCUGCAGCUUUGGCUGGGCUGACGGGCUCCCGAGCCUACGAGCGGUUCACCGGACCUCAGGUUCGGCGGGUGUGGCAGCAUCAGGCUCGGGAGUAUGACAACACCGAGAGGAUCUCUCUAGUGAGCUCGUUUGGCGCGUCAAUAUUGGUCGGAGAUUACGCUCCUAUUGACGCUGCUGACGGGGCUGGGAUGAAUCUGAUGGAUCUGCGGACAAGACAGUGGGCUGACGUGGCAUUAGAGGCCACUGCGCCGAACCUGCGAGAGAGGCUCGGCGAGGUGGUUCCGUCCCACCAAGUGGUUGGUAGUGUGCAUCAAUACUACGUGGACAGGUUUGGCUUCUCGCCAAGCUGCCAAGUCGUGGCAUGGUCAGGGGACAACCCUUGCAGCCUUGCAGGUUUGGCGCUUGGAGGCUCGGGCGAUGUGGGUAUCAGCCUCGGAACUAGUGACACGGUGUUUGCAGUUGUGAUGGAUCCUCAACCAGGCUUGGAGGGCCACGUGUUUCCCAACCCUGUGGAUCCAUCCUCGUUUAUGGCCAUGAUCUGUUACAAGAACGGGUCGCUCACUCGACAGGCCAUCAGGGACCGCUGUGCAGGAGGUUCGUGGGACGCAUUCUGCCAGCUGCUGAAUGAAGCUCCUCCUUUGAACGGUGGCUGCAUGGGCUUCUUCUAUCUUGACCCGGAGAUCAUCCCUCCCCUUCCUGUGGGGACCCAUCGUUUCUCACCAAGGGAGGGUGCGGCCGCGGGCGACCCACUCACUCGCCUGUCCCCGGACGAAACCUUUGAACCGCCACAAGAGAUCAGAGCAUUGGUGGAAGGGCAGCUUGUAUCAAUGAGAGGGCAUGCUGAGCGAAUCGGGCUGCAAAGCCCGCCUGCCCGGAUCAUUGCCACGGGGGGCGGCUCGGCCAAUGAGGCGAUUCUCCGCACCAUGGCAAAUGUUUUCGGCUGCCCGGUGUACACUUCAACAUCCACAGACUCAGCUUCACUGGGGGCAGCACUGAGAGCAGCACACGGCUACCUCUGCCACACCCAAGGCUCCUUUCUACCCUUCACCUCUCUCCUUGAUCAUGCUGGUGCCAGCUCAGCAAGUGCCACCUCAGCAGGUGACAGCUCAGCAAAUGCCUCUGCAGAAGUUACCACAUCAGCAGAAGCCCCUAGCGCUGUUUCUCUGUCCGAAGCGAUCCCUGCUGGAUCCGCGGACCUGCACGCGAGGUAUGGGGAUAUGGUGGCCCAGAGAAUGACUGUUGAGAAACAGCUUCUGGAAGAAGCUACAGGGUAA